UGUUGGAAGAUGUCUUAUUAAGUUGUAGUGAAAUGCCUGCUGUGCAUCAAGAACUGUAUGACAUAUUGGGAGUAUCAGCUGAUUGUGACCAGACAGAAAUAAAAAAAGCUUACAGAAGAUGUGCAAAACAGUGCCAUCCUGACAGAAAUCCUGGAGUUGAUCCCGACUUGUUUAAGAAAGUCAGCCACGCAUAUGAAAUACUGAGUGACCCUCAUAAGAGAGAAGUGUACAAUAAAUAUGGAGAGGAAGGUUUACAUGGAAGUGGAAAGGCUGGAGAAGGUCAGUUCUUUGAAGGUGAAGAUUUAUUUGGAGCUUUUUUUGGUUUCUCCUUUGAUGGCUAUGGAGAUAAGGCAGAAAACUUUAGAGAUGUUAAAAAAGGAGAAGAUAUUCGGCAUACUUUGUCAGUCAGUUUGGAAGAUUUGUACAUUGGGAAAACGGUCAAUUUAUCCAUCGAGCGAACCGUUCUCAUAGAUAGGAAUAAUAACAAAGGAAGAAAAUGCCUGGAAUGUGAAGGAAAAGGUUUUGUAACAACAAGUCGAUACAUAGGAUUUGGUGUGAGCCAACGUUGGAAGAGUAGAUGCAAGAUCUGUGGUGGCUAUGGGCAAUUAUUUCGAACCAAAAAAGAACGUAAAGUUUUGCAAGUCAACAUCGAAAGAGGAAUGGAAGACAAGGAAGAAAUACGCUUUGAAGAAAUGGCAGAUGAGACUAGUCCUUACAUAAAGCCUGGAGAUCUCAUAGUUGUUUUAGAACAAAAACCUCACUCCUAUUUUUAUCGUGUAAAGGGAGAUUUGUACAUAGAACUAUCGAUUAGCUUAGCUGAAGCAAUUGGAGGCUUUGAACUCCCUAUUGAAACCCUUGAUAGACGAAUUUUGUUGAUUCGCAACGAACCAGGAACGAUCAUUCAUCCUAAUAUGCAAAAGAGAAUUAUUCAUGAAGGCAUGCCUUUCAAAGCAAGUCCGAAUGAAAGAGGAGAUCUAACUGUGCAGUUUAAAGUAGUCUUUCCUCCUGAUCAUUCCAUUUCAGAAGAAGCUUGUGCGAGACUUCGAGUCCUUCUUCCAGGAAUUCCAAGAAGUUCCCAAGUUCAAGUGGACGCGGACCGAAUAGUGCAAGUUGCUGUUUGUAAAAAAAUGAAUGACCGACAGGAAACUUUUGCAAAUAAGGAACAGCCAUCGUUCUCAAAGAAAAGCGAAAAAUCGAAAAGAGAAGAUACUUUUUGUGUUGUUCAGUAACAGAAAUAGGAAGCUUACUACUAUUGCACUUAUUUAUCUUUUUCCAACUUUUAUGUGCUUGUAGAUAAAGUUCACUAUAAAGAAUAGUAACUGUUGAUGUCUUUUUGUUAAUUUUGGA